CAUGAUUCUGCGACAGCCGGUCGCAUACCUUUUUCUCUCCUUAUUUGCGCUUCUUGCGCUCUCUGUGCUAGCUGCCGACCCAACACAUUCGAUAACCUCCUUCCAAAACCUCCCAGGACGACUGUUUUUCUUCGAUGAUACUGAGACUGCAAUAUAUUUCGACCCGGUGGACGGAAAUGUGUACGUUACACAGGACGAAGGCAAGUCGUGGCAUAUAGCCAGCGACAUACCCAAGGGAGAUGCGACAAUGGUCAUCGAGCACCCUUUUGACAACCAAUAUGCCUUCGUAUUGACUCGCGGGACGCGACACUACCGUACGGAAGACAGAGGCAAGACAUGGCGAGCCUUUGAUAUGCCCAUUCCGCCAGCGCUUGUCUAUAAGCCGCUUUCCUUCCAUUCUGAUCCCAAGAAAUACGGAUAUAUUUUGUACCAAGGAACUUCCUGCGAAAGGAUAGGGUGGGGGAACGUUUGUCAUGACGAGACUUAUUAUACAAAAGAGGCCUUCAGUGAUGAGCCAAAGCUCUUACUUAUCGAGACUUCCCGAUGCCAGUUUGCCCACAGCACCGCCGAUUUCAAGCACGAAGCCCCCCCCGACCUCAUCUACUGCGUAGCGUUCGAUUCUUCAUCUCUCAGUGGCUCCCAUACACUCUCCUCCAGUAGACUCUUCUCAAGUACCGACUUUUUCAAGGACGACAUACGCGUAGAGGAGAUGGGCAUCGGCAAGAAUGCCAAGGGUGUCAUUGCGUUUGCCAUCGUGUCCAAGUUCGCGGUUGUGGCUCUUAAAGACCUUUCUUCUGGAAGCAACGGGGACAUGCUGCUGUACGUCACCGUGGAUACCAAGACGUGGGCAAAAGCGCAGUUCCCGCAUGCGUCAUCAGCACAACUGAGGGAAAACGCAUACACGAUCGUUGAGUCUACGACACAUUCUCUGGCGAUUGAUGUUGUAUUGCAGGAUCAAGGAAGAAUCGGGACGCUCUUCGUGAGCAACUCAAACGGAACAUUCUUUGUAGAGAGCUUGAAGGACACGAACCGGAACGAGGCGGGAUUCGUCGAUUAUGAGCGGCUGUACGGUGUUGAAGGUGUUGGUCUUGCCAACAUUGUCUCCAAUGCAGACGUCGUGGAGGGCAGCGGUGCGAAGAAGUUGCUCAAGACGCUUAUCACAUUUGACGACGGCCGUUCGUGGGCCCCCGUUCGAGCUCCAUCGACCAAUGUCGAUGGUCAAAGUGUUAGUUGCAAUACGGGUGAUACCGGUAGAUGCUCGCUUCACCUGCACUCCGUCACUACCCCUCACAACUUUGGUCGCAUCUUCUCAUCUCCUGCGCCAGGACUCAUGAUGGGUGUUGGAAGCAUUGGAGAGACGCUGAAGGACUAUGAGGACUGUGACACCUUCAUCAGCACAGAUGCCGGUGUGAACUGGAAGAUGGUUCGUCACGACGCCCAAAAAUACGAGUUCGGUGAUUCCGGAAGCGUAAUAGUUGCCGUAAACGACGAAGAUGGGAUAGAUUCAGUUUCUUAUUCUACUGAUUUCGGACAGACUUGGAAGGAGUACAACUUUGGUGUUCGACUUCGGGCGCGCGCGCUGACGACUGUUCCGGAUUCGACCUCACAAAAGUUCCUUCUUGUCGGUCAAGUUGCGAGGAAGGACCAGAGUCAGAGUAUCGGUCGAUUCGUGGUUGUCUUCCUUGACUUUGCAAAUACACGUUUGAGAAAGUGCGAGGCGGGUGACUUCGAAGAGUGGUAUGCUAGGCCUGCACAAAGCGAGUGCCUGAUGGGACACAAGCAAUGGUACAAGCGGAGAAAGAUGGAUGCGGACUGUUAUGUCGGGGAGAAGUUCACGGAUCCCGUCGAACAUGAGGAGGACUGCGCUUGUGUGGAUGCCGAUUACGAGUGCGACUUCAAUUUUGUGCGCAAUGGCGACCAAUGCGUGCCGACGGGUCCUGAACCUAUUUCUGCCGGUACUUGUCCUAGACCAAACAUGACGUACAAGGGUUCGUCUGGUUGGAGGAAGAUCCCCGGAAAUACGUGUACAGGCGGUACGAAGGAUGCCCCGAUUGAUAAACCAUGUUCUUCUGCUCAACCCCAGGAGGGUGAAGUCAUCCAUCAGACAUUUGAAUUCCCUGCAGCCAUCGUCCAACACUCGUACUUCAAAGACUCUACGACGAUCCUCGUAAGGCUGGAAGAUAACUCAAUCUGGCAGUCAAGCAACGAGGGCUACACAUGGAAUCAUUUGUUUCCUGAGGAGUCAUUCUUGGCGUUCUACCACCACCCAUACAGCUCAGAUCGCGCUUAUCUUAUCACAAGCGGUACUAAAUACUACACUACUACCGAUACAGGACGGACUUGGAACCCUCUCUCUGCACCGACACCACCCAAUACCUUCCGUGCCCAGGUCCUCCGUUUCCACCCUGAUUCAGACAAACUCAUCUGGAUUGGGAACAAGAACUGCGACAACAUCUUCGACGACUGUCAUGCCGAAGCACAAUAUACUCGUGAUAACGGACGUAACUGGUAUUUCGUGGAGAACUAUGUUGUCAACUGCGCCUGGGCGAUUGAUACGAAGCUUAAUGCUGACCCGACGGAGAUUCUCUGCGAGUCCUACCAGAAGAAGGGAGGAUCGCAGAGGUUUUUCCAGAAUGAUAACCCUCUAGAGUUGGUUGAGGGGCAGCAGUACUUCAAGAAGAAGAAGAAACUGUUUAACGAGGUCGUAGGGUUUGCUAAGUUUUCAGAGUUCUUGGUCGUAGCUGAGUUGUUACCUGCUCGGCAUUCCUUGGAUCUUCAAGUAUCUCUUGAUGGUGUCAACUUUGCCACCGGGCUGUUCCCACCGAGUAUGCACCCGGAGGCGCAUGCUUACACUGUCCUGGAAUCCUCGACCGGAUCUCUCUUCCUGCACAUGACGAUGUCCGAGCCCCCUAGUCCGUACUGGGGUACUAUCCUGAAAUCCAACUCUAAUGGAACAUACUUUGGAAUCGCUCUGGAAAAUGUGAACCGCGAUGAUCGUGGAUUCGUCGAUUUCGAAAAGAUGAUUGGUCUCGAUGGGAUUGCCCUCGUCAAUGUGGUGUCCAACCCAGGGGAUGCGACUGUCCAUGGCAGGAAGGAGCUACAGUCGAGGAUCACUCAUAACGAUGGGAGCACCUGGAAACCACUGCCUCCUCCGCCGUUGGAUUCGCAAGGAAAUAAAUACGGAUGUGACACGACCAAUUGCGCUCUUCAUGUGCACGGGUAUACGGAACGCAGAGAUCCACGGGCGACGUACAGCAGCCCUUCCAUUGUAGGACUAAUCAUGGCGGUUGGCAACGUUGGAGAAUUGCUCGCACCAUAUACCCAGAGUGACACCUUCCUCAGUCGGGAUGCCGGAUUCAGUUGGGAGGAGGUUCACAAGGAUGCGCAUCUCUGGGAGUUUGGCGAUUCUGGGUCUAUUCUGAUUAUGGCAAAUGACGAGGAGCCUACGGAUCAUGUGUUGUUCAGUACUGACGAGGGCAAGAACUGGAGGGAGUACCGGUUCACGCAGGAUAAGAUGAGAGUGACGUCGAUUGUUACUGUUCCUGCCGAUACGAGUCGAAGGUUCAUUCUCUUGGCGCAGUAUCCGCGCUCGUUGAAUUCGGUUGCAGUGCAUCUUGACUUCAGUGCGUUGACGAGGAAGCCUUGUGAACUGAGCGUCGAGGAUCCAGGGCACGAUGACUUUGAGCUCUGGAGCCCAAGCCAAGAAAGGUCAGAGAGGUGCUUGUUCGGUCGUCAGACACUGUACCACCGCAGAGUACGCGAGACAAACUGUGUAGUGGGUGAUCAGCCCAAGGCCGCCGUUCGGGUGGUCAACAACUGUCCGUGCACGCAGGCUGAUUUCGAGUGUGAAUUCAACUACGCCAAGAAUGUCAACGAUGAAUGUGUAUUGGUGCCCGGAACGACGCCUCUCCCUGACGAUGACUCGUGCAAAAAUGACGAGGAGUUUUGGUAUGAAAGGACUGCGUACCGGAAGAUUCCUUACUCGAGCUGUGAGAAUGGGAUCAGACCGGAUCGCGGAACGAGGCAUUCAUGUCCUGGGUUCAGAGCACAUGGACCUCUCUUCUGGUGGUUCGUCAUCCUGAUUCCGUUCAUGUUCACCGCACUUGUUGGAUACUGGUACUACCGACGAAGCGGGAUGGCGAGAGGACACAUCCGACUUCCUGGAGAUGGCGGACCGUAUUACGGUGGGAGCAACGGGGGCGUUAUGGAAACCCUCGCGUCUGUUCCCUGGUUCGUCAUUGGUGUUGCGGGGAUCGCAUGGGAGUGGAUCGUCUCGCAUGUCGAGUCGGCGGGUGCUAGCCUCCGUACGCGGAGAGGCUAUAGGAAUAUUCCUGUUGAUGAGGAUGCGCAGAUUCUGAGGUUUGAAGAUGAAAAUUGAAAUGCAAGAGACUGUUAUUCCGGUGUAGGCUUAGAAUAUGCUUUCUUUUUAUUUAUUUAGUACACUACUAGUCAGUAUGCAAGUUGUAUCAUACUAUGGCCUGAUGAGUAUAUGAAGUGUUUACUAGUAGUUCGGUCGCAAUAUCCACG